AUGGCCGCCCUCUCUCCUCUCCCCUCCUCGCUGUCCUCCCCCUCUUCCCUCUCUCUCUCUCCCUCUCUUUUCUCUCCUCCCACUCCUCCUCCUCUCUCUCUCUCCCUCUCUUCUCCUCCCCCUCCUCUCUCUCUUUCUCUCCCUCCUCUCCUCUCCUUCUCUCUCGUCUCCUCCCUGUCCUCCCUCUCCCCCGCCUCCUCCUCGCUCCUCCCCGUCCUCCCCCUCCCCCGCCUCCUCCUCUCUCUCCUCCCUGUCCUCCCUGUCCUCCCUCUCCCCCGCCUCCUCCUCUCUCCUCCCCGUCCUCCCUCUCCCCCGCCUCCUCCUCUCUCUCCUCCCUGUCCUCCCUCUCCCCCGCCUCCUCCUCUCUCUCCUCCCUGUCCUCCCUCUCCCCCGCCUCCUCCUCCCUGUCCUCCCUCUCCUCCUCUCCUCCCCUUCCUCCUCCUCCUCUGGUCCUGGACCUCCUUCCCCCUCAGUGCUCCUGUUGUCACGUCCCCUCUGCCUUCGCUCCUCCCCCUAUCCUUCCUCUCCUCCCCUCAGCCUAGACUCCGCCCCCCUCUCCCCCUCCCCUCCUCUCUCCUCCUGUCUGAUUCCUCGCCGCUCAGUCCGCCACACAGAGCUCUUCCACCGGACACUGUCUCACUGGUGUGCUACAUAAAUAAAUAUGCCCUUCCUGCAGGAGACAGCAGCUGGCUGAUCGUGGCGACCGGAGUGGCCGACUGUUACUACAACGUGACAGACCUGCCAGCAGGGGGCGCUGUCCGCUUCAGAGUGGCCUGUGUCAACAAGGCAGGACAAGGGCCCUACAGCAACCUGUCUGAGAGAGUGGAGCUGGAGGGAAAAGAACUGUAUAGAUCCACUAAAGCCUCCAUCGUGGUGAAGACCGUUCCUUCUGCUGCUCCUCCCAUCGUCCUGAAGUCCUCGGUGACUGUGGCUCCUGCUAAACCUGCGGAAUCCCCCCCCACAUCCUCCCCCCAGUCUCCCCCCGUGUCCUCCCCCACAUCCUCCCCCCUUUCUCCUGUGUCUCCCCCCAUGUCUCCUGUGUCUCUUGUGACUUCUCCUGUGUCCUCUCCCGUCGCUCCUGUAUCACCUGCUCCCCCCUCCUUCCCUCCCCCUCUCUCCACCUCCACCCUCAGCAUCAGUGUCUCCCCCCCUCGCCUCACCCUCCCACCCGUGGUCCCUCCCAAACCCCACAGUCCGGUCCGACAGCCGCCCUCUCCAACGCCAUCUCCUGUCAUUGGUAAACCCAUCUCUUCUGUUCCGCUGUACGUCGCCGCUUCUUCCAGAAAAACUCCCCCCUCUGUCGCUUCACCCUCGACCACCGUGACCACUGUGGCCGUAGCUCCUCCCACAGUUACUGCAGCCUCCAUAGCUCCCCCUGUGGUCGUGAUGCAGAGCGACAGUCGCCUCACCCCCUCAGGACGCCUCACCCCCUCAGGACGCAGGACCCCUCUGAUGGGGAAGGGGGAGGGAGCGCUGAGGCAGGGGGUACCCCAGAAACCCUACACCUUUAUGGACGAGAAGGCCAGGGGGCGCUUCGGUGUGAUCCGCGAGUGCCGGGAGAACUCGACAGGAAACCUGUUCAUGGCGAAGAUCGUGCCGUACGAGGCGGACACCAAGAGCAGCGUCCUGCAGGAGUACGACAUCCUCAAGUCUCUGCACCAUGAGAGGGUCAUGGCUCUGCACGAGGCCUACGUCACACCGCGCUACCUGGUCCUCAUCUGCGAGUUCUGCAGCGGCAAGGAGCUGCUACACUCUCUCAUCGACAGGUUUCGGUACUCUGAGGAUGACGUGGUGACCUACAUAGUCCAGGUUCUGCAGGGUCUGGACUAUCUGCACACGCGGAGGAUCCUGCACCUGGACCUGAAGCCGGACAACAUCAUCGUCACCUUCAUGAAUGUCGUCAAAAUCAUCGACUUCGGCACCGCCCAAAACUACAACCCCCUGUUCCUCAAGACCUUCUGCCCCGCCAUCGGGACCAGGGAGUACAUGUCUCCAGAGAUGGUGAAAGGAGACGUGGUGGGACCUCCUGCAGACAUCUGGAGCAUCGGGGUCCUGACCUUCAUCAUGCUCAGUGGUCGGUCCCCCUUCCUGGACUCGGAUCCUCAGGAGACUGAAGCCCGGAUCCAGACGGCGAAGUUCGACCUGAGUCGUUUGUAUCAGAAUGUGUCUCAAAGUGCCUCUCUGUUCAUCAAGAAGAUCCUCUGCAGCUUCCCCUGGGCCCGCCCCUCCCUCAGGGACCUCCUCUCUCACUCCUGUCUCUCCUCUCUCCUCCUCAGGGCCCGCCCCUCCCUCAGGGACCUCCUCUCUCACUCCUGUCUCUCCUCUCUCCUCCUCAGGGCCCGCCCCUCCCUCAGAGACCUCCUCUCUCACUCCUGUCUCUCCUCUCUCCUCCCCAGGGCCCGCCCCUCCCUCAGGGACCUCCUCUCUCACUCCUGUCUCUCCUCUCUCCUCCUCAGGGCCCGCCCCUCCUCAGAGACCUCCCUCUCUCACUCCUGUCUCUCCUCUCUCCUCCCCAGGGCCCGCCCCUCCCUCAGGGACCUCCUCUCUCACUCCUGGUUGCAGGAUGCGUACCUGAUGCGUUUGAGGAGACAGACUCUGACCUUCACUACGACGCGUCUCAAAGACUUCCUGUCCGAGCAGCAGAAGCAGCGCGUCGUUACGGCAACCAGACACAAAGUCCUUUUACGGUCGUACCAGAGCCAGGCCACGCCCACUCUGGCCCCGCCCACUUCCCACUGA